AUGCAAGCGGUUUACGCUUUCGCCGAAGCAAUUGUCGACUCGGCUCAACCGAGCAAAGACGGUGGCCUGUUCACAUUUAUACUCGCCAACUUUGUACCCAAACCAGCUUCACCGUCUGUCUCGUUAGGCCCGACAAAUGACUCUCAGACGACAAAGGCAACACCAAAGACUCCGUCUUAUGGCGCCCAUUUUGGGUAUACAGCUACUCGAGACGGCUAUUCCGUCGGCUUGGCGUCGGGAGCUGUCCUUUUCGUCUCGGUGACGGUGUUGUUCGGACUGACUUGCUAUCGAGUGCGUCGGUCAAAGCGUCGGGCCGGGCCCAAGAGCGACGACCGCCAGUCGUCGCCUCUUCCCUCCCAACUGGCCCACAUG